AUGAUACUGGAGUUGGCGGGCCGCGCCCCUCCCCCACUUCCCUCAGACAACGGCCUCAGCCUCUCAGGCCCUGACUGGGCCUCGGUCCCGUGGUCUCCUCCUCACGGAGAGGAGUUAGUCCCAGCUUUCAAGGCCUGGAUCGAGGACAGUGGCGAGCGCACCACCCGACCGGGCGUUGCCCGGCGCUCACAGCUGCCUUUGUCCCUCCCCACGGAAUUGGAACCCAACAACCGCAGCGCGCUCUUGGAACCAUGUGCUGCCGCCGCCUCCGCCUCCGCCGCUGCCGCCGCCGCCGCGAGAGCAGCCGUCCGCGCGCCGCAAGCCCUGGCGCGCCCUCCCCCCCUCCCCGGUCUGGUAGGGCGAAGGAGCGGGCGCGCGGUCGAUCGAGCGAUCGGUUGGCGGCUCUUUCUCCUGCUCUGGCAUCCAGCUCUUGGGGCGCAGGCCCGGCCGCCGCGGCGCGCGCCCGGUGGCCGUUGGCGCUCGCGCCGCGUCUUUCUUCUCGUACGCAGAACUCGGGCGGCGGCCUAUGCGUUUGCGAUUCGACGAGGAGUCGUCCGGGUGGUCGGCGGCGGCGGGCAGCUGCUCCGCCCCGCUCCCGGGCAGGCGGCGGGAUUUGGCGCGGCCGGGGAAGCUGGGGCGGCCGGGGCCGGCCUGGAGGCCUGGCGCCACCCUUCGGGGCCUGCAAGGACCCAGUUGGGCGGGCAGGAGGGGGCCGGGGGAUGGUUGGUGGUGGGCUUCCUACUUUGCCUUUUUCUCCUUAUGCCGCCUUAGUGAGGGGCGGGAGCUCUGGCGGCAGCUCCGGGGUGGAGAGACAAGCUCCGGAGUCGGAAGAGCUGGGUUUGCUUCCGGGCCUAGCCACCAGCUGGCCGAGUGACCUUAG